AUGUCCACCCAACCCACCCACCAACUUCCGUUGGACUACAUCCACCUCUUCGACGCACACAUCUCCUCCCUCCCAGCAAACUCUCACCGCAUUCCACAGCAAAAAGCCCUCCGCACCGCUCAAUCCGCAAGAUUCUAUUCUCCUUCACAACACAUCGCUUCUCCACAACUUUUCUCCGUCAUCUCCUCGCCCUCUACUCUCACCAUUGGCUCUCCAUACAUUAUCACCAUGACGCUUCGACACGUCGAAAACCCCUCUGGAAAUCCAAAUUCUUUGCCUGUGGUCUUUGACCUGCGGGAGUUUGGACUAACGUUUAGCGAGAGAGAGACCAGUAAAAUGUACAACUGGAUUAUACUGAGACAACAGAGUCCAGGCUCUAUCGAAGAUGGAAGACAAAUAGAGGAGAGGAAAUUAAUUUAUCACCUUCAAACCCAACACCCACAGAAUUUGGUUUCCCAAUCUUCGCAAUAG